CCCGAUACUACCGUCUACGUGGUUGUUUUCCUUGCGCUUGGCGGAAACCAGGCGCUCUCUAGGCCCUCUCCACACCGCACACGCCUGUCCUCCACCUGCUCUCCGUCGGUGACUCGGGGCGGUGGAUAUCUCCAACUCUCCCCACCAACUCUCCCCACGGGGUCAGGCGGGUCACGACUCGACGAGUCCCAUCGGUAUCCCGGUGUGUCUGCUUCACCAAAUCCACCCGAGAUCCAUCCCACUGCAAGGUCUAGGCCUCCAGUUCACCUACCAUGCUUCUCCGUCCCUACAACCUCAGGGCCACCACGGCCAACCUCACCGGGCAGCAGAGUCGUCAGGUCUGCGGCCUUAUCUACUCCCGCCAGCAACAUGCCCGACCGGCGUCUGCGCCCGUGUCUGCGCCGUUUGCCAAGCGCUCCCUGGUGACACUGAGUGCCGGCACACACCUGGCCAAGCUCACCCAAGAGGGCUCAGCCGCGUCGAUCGCUGCUGUCCGUAUGCUGAGCACCACUAGCUCCCUUUCAAAGGUGAAACGGGUGCCGUCGCUGUCGCAAUCCGCCCAGAAAAAGAGUCCCAAGGUUUCCCAGUCACAGAAUCAGCCAUCGUCUUCGUCGUCGUCAUCGCCUUCUGCAUCUGCUUCCAAGUUCACGGCCCCGCAGAAACUACCGAAACCCCAGCAGCGGCUAGCCACCGAGACCGCACCCCCUCAAACCCAGGGGCAGCAUGCCACUCCCGAUCUUGACCGUGUCACCAAAGAGUUUCUGGCCAAGCAGGGCAUCCCGUCAGAGCACAUGACCCUCACCGCUCUGCGCGCCUUGGUCCAACCAACCGUCCCGUUAGCGGCUUCUGCCUCUGCUACUGUCAGAGACGACAGCCAGUCCCCCGCAGCCGGCGCAGAGGCCGAUCAGACGGGUGCGUCUGAUCUGCUUGGUCUGGAUGCUAACGGCCGGAACGCCCGGGCCUCGACGGCUGCUCCUGAGGGACUUCAGCCUCUUACCUACUUGAGCUUCAACAAGGAUGCCGCUGACAAGAUCUCAGAUGCGGCAUAUGCAAUCAUCUCGCAUCCUCCUGUUGUCAUCACCCCGCUGCUGCUCAAAGAGUAUGUUGCUCUCCAGGCCUCCCUUGGCAAGCCCAGGACACUGCCGCACGUUUUGGGCCUAUAUGCGUACAAGGCUGCCCCCAAGCUUAGCUCUGGAAAGCUGGCCUACGAGGAGCGGAACCCCGACAUGCCAAAGAACGCGGUUGAUCCCGAGGUUGCUGAGAUGGCACUGGACGCAGCAUUUGAUGCCAAGGACCUUGAUGCCGCUGUUGGCAUUGUCGAAAAUACGUACUCUACCAAGGCUUUCACCCGCGCCAAGUUAUUGAGAAAGGCACUUCUACCCAUGACGGGCUUGGGACUCACUCCUGUCGCUGCCUGGGCUCUCGCCAAGAACUAUGGUACAUGGCAAGAUUCAAUGGAGACUGUUUUGGCGACCAACGUAGCCUUCUUCGGCAUGCUGGCCUACAUUGGCUUCACUGCGACCAUGGGCAUUGUGGCCACUACUACGGCAAACGACCAGAUGAAGCGGGUGACCUGGGGCCCGGGUAUUCCGCUGCGGGAACGAUGGAUCCGAGAGGAUGAACGGGCCGCUUAUGACAAGAUUGCUUGCUCAUUCGGAUUCGGGGAAGUGCUUCGUUACGGAGAGGAGGAAGGAGAGGAGUUUGACGUGCUCCGUGAAUAUAUUUUGAGCAAGGGAAUGAUUCUCGAUGCCGUCAAUCUAAUGCCAGGCAUGCAAUAAAUUGCAGUCUUUGGUUGACUUACGGCACCUAUCUAUCGAGAGCCCGAGGACGCCAUCAAUUUCACACGCCCCCCGUGCGGCUCGUAAGAGUCUUGGCACCGAGUACCGGUGGCUGUGAAGUCUUGGGAGACUGAGUUGUUGAUAU